AUGGCAGUGUAUUAUGGUGUAUCAAAAGAAGUCAAGAAAUCAUAUUUGUUUACUUCGAAUGGCGUUGUGAUCUGUAUGUUCAUCAUAUCCAUCAUCUUUUUAGUCGUGACUUUCACUCUGAAGUGUAAAGACUUUACACUCGAAGGCGAUGAUAUAGCCAAAUUUGAAAAAAGACACAAAUGCUGCUAUGAUUAUUACGAUGAAGGAAAUUGUGCGUGUGUUAUACCAGAGGAAGAAAAGACUGAAUAUCAUACUCAGUGCGAUUCGUGUCAGUCGGGAAGCGAUUCAGACUCAGCAUAUCUGAUAUUCCCAUUCUUAUGUUCCUUCAUCGCUAUUAUUUUGUCAUUUUUGGCUGUUCCAAUUUCUGCUGUAAGUUCUUUUGCAUUGUUUAAGACUUCAAAUGUUGUCAGUCCAAAUGAAUUGAAUAACGAAGUCCCAAAUUACUCAGUUCCUUUGGUUUAA